GAGCGACAUGCAGGCGACACUGGCGGAGAGGAACAAGCUCGCCGGGCUGCUCUCCCGGCUAAAGGAGCGGGAGCGGUAGGAAGGGUCCAGCUGCUCACACCGGCCAUCGAGGAGGCGCAGGCCGCCGGCAUGCCAGAGCGCUGCCUGGAGGGCGCGGUCGCCGAGAAAGCGAGGAUCGAGCGGAUGCUGGCGCAGCUCGGGGUGGCCGCGCAGCUGCAGGACCUGGAGGUGCUGCGAAAGGCCCUCGAGGAGUGCGCCGCCGCGGGCCUGCCCGAGCGGGACCUGGAGGGUGCCACGCUGACGAAGCUGUACAUCGAGCGGAUGCUCGCGAAGCUCAAGGCCGCGAUCGACCUCCAGGACAUGCACGGCGUCAAGGCCGCCAUCCAGGACUGCGGCGUGGACAUGGUCAAGAUGGCGAUCGAGCAGGCCCGGUCGGCAGGUGUCGCGCAGAAAGUGCUCGAGGAAGCCAUGCUGGCACGCGAGCGAGAUGCUGCCAGUUUGCCGGACGAGGACCCGCAUCCAGCCGCCACCGCCGGAGAGAUGGCAGGGCCUGCGGGUUGGGGCACGAGAACUAGCUCGGGUGCGAUCCUGGACUCCGAACGCUCCGAUAUGGCGGCAUCCUCCGCCGGUGAGCACGGCAGCCCGCUGAGCAGCGCCGACGCGCUGUGCAGGGAGCUGAUCGGGCUCGCGGAGGUAAUGCGGCAGGAUUUCCACUCCGAGGUGGAUCACCUGGUCCAGGAGCACACCAGGAGGCUGAAGCGCGUGGCCGAGGGCGCCGUCUCCAUCGCGAGUGCCUCCCCCGCGUCUGCGCAGGAGCACCCUCCGCCCGCUUGGCGGCCGAGCCCGGUCCGGAGCUCGUGGGCGGGCCCCUCCGACGUGCCGGGCCGUGCGGCGCUGGAGCGGCCGUCCCCGCUCGAGGAGCAGGCCCAGCUCCCCCGGGGGCCCCACGGAGCGCCGCCGCACCUCGCCCCGAAGGGCCCCGUCGCGGGCGAGGCGGGCCGGGACAGGCCCCGCGCGAGCAACCAGACUGCCGACGGCCUGUCCGCAGAGAUGCACGCGCGCGCGAGGGAGCUGCGAGAGGCCGGGCACGCGCGCGAGGGCCACGAGGUGGCAGAGAGGGCCGCGGAGACCUCGUUUGAGGAUCCGCACGCCCCCGGCGGCGUCCAGCAGUCGGGCCUCCUCCAGGCGUGGGAGCACGACGAGCCCGGCCCGGCUCCAGUGCUGCAGCUGGCCAAGCAGGCGAGCGUGAAUUUCGACGUGGGCGAAGGGCCGAACGAGAAAGGCAAGCUCGCCCGAGUCCGCACGACUUCGCUGUUCGGCUCCUCCAGCGGCCCUGGCGAGACGGCCCGGCAGACGAUCACCAAGAGCCGCACGGCGCUCUUCGAACAGAAGCUGGAGCGGAUGCAGCGCAACGCGCAGGCGAGCAGGGGGGCCAAGACCAUCCUGAAGAGGGAGUCCACGAACGAGUCCAUCCAAAAGUGGAUACGGAACCAGCAGGGCUUCAGGAGAGUACACGAGAGGUGCUUCUUCGAGCCGUGCCGGCGCCUGGUGCACAGUGACUUCUUCGACCAAACCAUGGGGAUGGUGUUGCUGAUCAACGCGCUUACCAUCGGAUUGCAGGUGGACUGGCUCGCAAGGAACAAAGCGUCGCAUACCCCGCUCGUCUUCCUGAUUUUCGACUGGCUGUUCUGCAUCGUGUUCGUGGCGGAGCUGAGCGUGCGCGUCCUUUCAGGGCCCAGGAGCUUCACCCACGGCCCCGAGUGGAGGUGGAACUUCUUCGACACCACCGUAGUGGUGAUCCAGGUGACCGUCGCCCUCCUCGACGGCCAGGAGGGCGCGAUCGAGGCGCUGGAUAAGCUGCACUUUGUGCGCAUCCUCCGCCUGUGCCGUCUUGCGCGCUUCCUGCGCAUGGUGCGGCUCUUCCCUGGCCUGCGAUCCAUGGUGUUCUUGCUGGUGGACUGCAUAGGCUCUUUUUUCUGGGCAUGCAUCAUGCUCAUCGGCCUCAUGUUCUGCAUGGCGAUAUACUUCACAGAGCUGUACACUUCUCUUUGUGUGAAACAUCCUGAUGAAGACCACACUUCUCUGGAAGAGUUUUGGGGAUCGGUCCCACGCUCCUUCUUAGCGCUCUACAUGGCCAUCUUCGGAGGCGUAGAUUGGAAAGACUUGCUCGACGUCUACAAAGCGUUCGACCCUGACACGUACAUCAUCAACACGGUGAUCAUGCUGGCGUACGUCGCUUUUACCACGCUGGUGAUGCUCAACCUCGUCACGGGCGUGUUCGUGGACGGGGCCCAGCGCAUCGUCCAGGAGGACCGCGACAAAGGGCUGCUCCGACUCGCUGCCCGCAUCUUCGAGGCGGCCGACCAGGACGGGUCGAAAGACAUCAGCGGGCAGGAGUUCGAGGAUAUCCUCAGCAGCGAACUUAUGAUGGACUUCUGCGAGAUAAACAACAUCAGCGUCAACGAGGUGGACACGCUGUACAAGCUGCUGGCAGAAGGUGACGACGAGGGGAACGUGACCAUAACCGACUUCGUGCGGGGCUGCAAGAUGCUUCAGGGCGAGGCUCGCGCAGCCGACGUCCAGACCGUGAAGCUCAUGUGCAAGCAGCACUUCGAGCAGACCGAGCACAUUCUGCUGAGGCUGCACCAAAGCAGGACCCAAAGCAGGACCGACCUGGCCUCUGGGCCGUUGGGAGGUUUCUCCCCAGGGGGGAAUCCCUUUCGCAUCCCGUCGACCGACGACGGCCGCGCGAACAUGCUGCCCAUGCCGCAGGUGGAUGUGGACGACCACCUCCCGGGCGGCAUCCUCGAGUUAGACGACUCGAAAGCUUGA